CUUUAUUAUUACUGAGUGGCCAUGUCAAAAAGCUCCUGGCAUGGUGUCGCUUAAUUUUGCUGCCGCUGGGGAAACCCACGCAUUGCUUGCACGGUCAGGCUCCUGUUCGAAAACAGGAAACUACACCACCCCAGAUGGACUGAACUUUACUGCGUACUGUGGUGAAGACAUCGUAUCGACGGCCUAUUACGAUACGCCAACAAAGAAGAAUUUUACACAAUGCAUGGACGAUUGCUCGACCGAGAACUAUCGAUGCUGGGGGGUGGCCUGGCAAGAAUCAAACAGCUCUUGCUGGGGAUUAACCAGUGAUCAUGCUAUUACGAGCGCAAAUUUGACGGGCCCUUCUAGUACCAGAGACAUAGCGCUUGGGAACACCACCCAGCUGGGUGGGAAUACUUCAUGUCCCUAUGCAAAUAAUACAAUCCUCCCGACCCAAGAAGGAUUGGAUUUUAAGCUCGCCUGCUACACGAGUAUUGAUGAGGAUACUCUUUCCCCGUGGAACUUGGAAUUUUGUAGGGUCCAUGUGGAAACCCUGGAAGAAUGCAUGGACGCCUGUGCUCAAGCGCACCCACGCUGUCAAGCAGCAAUGUGGAACCCGGGACUUAUGGCUGGGUAUUUGAACUGUUUUCUCAAAAAUGACACCGGUCCUCUCGUGGCAAACACCAACUACAUUUACCACACAGCCGUCGCUGAAUAUACUCCUCUAUCCCAGGGCUGCCCGACAUAUUCGAACUGGACGGCCAACGACAAAACGUUUGACAUCAAAUGCUCCAAACAAAUCACCCAGGCGAACAAUCUUACCUUUUACCACCAAGAUAAUAUUACCGCAUGUAUCGAUAGCUGUGCCUCACACAGCGGACCUCCGGCAUGUGAAGCCGUCGUUUUUGACGCUACAUUGGAUUCUGGUUACGAAAAUUGCCAGCUUUUUAGCGAUGUAAAAAUGACAGACGACUCGACAAAUCUGAACAUAGCUCAGUUUUCUACCGCUACAUCUUCAAAUUCUUCUUCAUCCAACAGCAGCAGCAACAGCAGCAGCAAGGCAUGGAUCGCGGGUCCAGUCAUUGGGGGAGUAGUUGCCAUUGGCGUCAUUGGAUUUAUAUGGUUUUGGUGGAAGCGUCGGCAAGCAAGGAGGCAGUCGCCUGAAGAGGAUAGCAGUGAUACGGUUAAUCAAGAUAAAAAUAAGCUACCUGCUACAGUGGCAGACCCUGCUUCACUUGACGCUCUAUCUUCUCUCACCGAGCUUGCGGCCCAGGAGAGGGUAGAGCUGCCGUCCGAGGAAAGGAGGGUGUUUGAAAUGGGGGCUGAUGGAAAUAUGUGCAAACAUUAAACUUGGUCAGGAUGUGGUUCAUUGAAUAAUGAGCAAGGCCGUGGUGAUGCAUGUACAUAAUUUGUAAAUAU